CUGCUUCGUAGUACAGGCCUGCCUGGACACAAACAGGAAGAGAGGAGAGACAAAGUGCAGAGAAGACAAACAAACAAACAAACAGAUGACUUGUCUGAACAAGAAGAAGAAGAAGUCACUCUUCUAUUUGGUGAUCACUUUCUGCUUGGGGAGCCUCCUGACCACUCUCAUUAUGAUCAGUGACAAUAAUGUGGAACCUAACAGACCGCCUCCUCCCACGAAAAGCCCCCCCUGGCCCGCUGACCUCUGUAAAGGCUGCAAGGAGGUCAUCGAAAAAGUAAAAGAGCAUUACUCUAAGACCUGGAAGAAGCAGGAGGACAAUUACCAAAAAUACAGAUCUCAGCUGAGCAGCGAGUGCCAUGGUUCUGACAAGGCCAUCAUUACCCAGGCCAACACUCCAGUGGGAUCGAAGAUCGUGUACGACGGAGAAAAGAACAGGACCCUCCAGGUGAACCCGGAGAUUUUCAGCACCUUUGUAAAGGAGCAUCCGUUCCCAAAUAAAACAUGGGACACGUGUGCUGUUGUUGGGAACGGAGGGAUCCUGACCAACAGCAGCUGUGGAAAGAUGAUUGAUUCAGCUCAGUUUGUUAUCAGGUGCAACCUACCUCCCUUGGAAAAUGGCUACGAGAAACACGUGGGCAUCAAGACUGACCUUGUGACAGCAAACCCAAGUAUCUUCGUAGAGAAGUUUGGGUCUCUGAUGGGGCGUCGCCGUCCCUUUGUGGAGAGUCUGCGCAGGUAUGGCAACUCCCUGCUGCUCCUUCCCGCAUUCUCAUACGGCUUCUGCACCCCUGUGUGCCUGCGGGCCGUCUACGCCACUGAGGACUUUGAAAGCCCUGCCCGGCCCGUCUUCUUUAACCCUGACUACCUCCAGAAUCUGGCGCUCUUCUGGCGCUCCCAUGGCCUAAAAGGAGAACGACUCAGUACCGGCAUAAUGAUGGUUAGCCUGGCUCUGGAACACUGUGCCAAUGUGCAUCUGUACGGGUUCUGGCCGUUCAGUAAUCACCCACAUGGACUCCAUGCUCUGACUCACCACUACUACGAUAACAGACAAGCUACGGGACUCCACACCAUGUCGGCUGAGUUUGAACUCUUGUUGCAACUGCACACUCAGGGGGUGCUCAGGCUUCACCUGGGAGAUUGUCGACCAGGUGAAAAGUAGUUUCCAGACUCAGGAGCAACUGGCAGGACAGGAGCAAGGUGCCUUGUUUGUAGUCCAGUCUUUCAUAUACUUUUGAAUGAAUUGCAUUAUCUAUUCUGUCCUCUACGUCUGCCCUGCAUGCUCAAAAACUUUCUGCACUCCUAUGCAGCUUUUGGCCUUCUUUUUUCUUUUGUUUUGCCACUGGCUGAUGACAUGAUGACAUGGAUUAAGUAUGUCCAAGCAAGAUGGACCAGAGGGCAACUCCAGGGUCUGAAAAGUGAAGCCAAUGUGGAAGUUCCUUAAACUUGCAUUCUUUCUAAUAACCAUUAGCUCCACCCUCUCCUGUCACUUCUGGUUGCAAAAAAACAAGAUGGCGAUGGCCAAAAUGCUGAACUUGAGGCUUCAAAACGGCAGUCCACAAACCAAUGGGUGAUGUCACGAUGACUACGUCCACUUCUUAUAUACAGUCUGUGAGAUGGACUCUCAGUGAAUGCUGAGUUGGCAGCCAAGACAUUUGCACUGAAAAGAAGAUGCAACAAAAAUAUUAGCUACAGUCUUGUAAAUAGUCUUGUAGUCUAAAACUGUAUUUAUUACCACAAAUGUUGCAGCUGGAGUCUGGAGGGAGUUAUGGUAUGGUAUGGUUAAAUGGCGAUCCUUUGUGAGGCCUUUGUGGGGGUUUACAUUGUAGUGCCUUGUGUUAAUCAAUUACUAAUGAUAGUUAUGUAACUGACCACGGGAGCUUUUGCAUUGGAAUCAAGACUUGGGUGUGUCUUGUGUAACUUGGAGCAUUGCCUUUCAUACUUAUAAAGUCUUUACAGUGAUCUUUGUCAUCCAGAACAAUAA